AUGCGAGCCGUUAACCUUCCAUCGUUUACCUUGCCUUCCCAAUCCUACGCCAUCAUCUCUUACCCCACUCAGCAACCUCACCCUGUGCAAGAUAUGAUGACUCAACUCCGGUCUUCCAACACUGCGAUCAACGAUCAACCUCAGGAGAUUGAUCCUGCCUCCCAACUAACACAGAUGAAAGUAUGCGAUUCAGUUGUCUCCUUGCCCAUUAGUAACACCAUAGAACCAGGCCUUCCCCUGUAUAGCCUUGGAUCUUCACAACCGUCCUCUCAAGUCCCACCUGCUUCUGUGGCGAACCGUGUAUCCAUUGUGCACCAACAACCGGGUGUUAAUAUAGGUGUUAUAGAUGCUAACGGGAUGUGUUACUUGAUUACAACUCCAUCAUCAACUCAGCCCGCGGGGCUAACGACACAGCCUAAUCUUCAGCUUGGCACUGCUACUACUGCUUCAAGCAGCAGUGUACCCCACUUAAUGCCCGCAUCUGACAGGCCUGAGGUUGUACUGACCGACUCCCUUGCCGUUACAAAUUCUACAAAUAUGCUAAAUAACACGGCUCUAACGCAAUCUGUUGCGCAGAUUGCAGCCCUACUCAGUACUUGCCACGUUUCCAUAAUCCCUACUCAGAGUCUACCCACGGCAACUCCUCUCACGAUCCCCACACAAUCGCCCUCUUUGUCAGUACCCUAUGCUCUUUCCGGACGGAACACCGCUGAUAUCAUGCGCGGUGUGCAAUCGUACAUUGACCCUAUCACACUACCCUCGUCAUGUAGUGGAGACCCUGGGCCACUAACAUUCGACAGCUUACUCCCCAGCAGUAUGAAUACGCGUGGGAGCGGGCUCUUUGAUUAUCCGGUAUCCACAGACUCUCUAUUUCAGAGACACAGGCAUAGCUCAGUAAGACACAAGACCAUAGCCGAGCGAACAUACUCAAACGCGACGGUGCUCUGGACACCAGAAAAACACGAAGCAUUUGUCACUGUUUACGAGAGCUUAGUGAAUGCCAAGGAGAAGAUCACACAGGGCGCCAUUUUCAAGGAAAUGAAGAAGCGCUAUCCGAACUUUCAGCUGACUCUACGUCAAAUACAAUCCAAGCUACAGAAGUACAGGCUCCGCCUCAAUACCCAAGCCGACGCACGCUAA